AUGGCAUUGGAAGACGCGGCUACGGCUGAUGCUGCUGCAUCAAGCCCCAAACCGCUACCACAGUUCCAUCACUAUCACCCCAAAUCCAAAACCCCGCAUGAUUUCCCUCCCUCCACCACCUCCUCCUCCACGAACCCACCACCAUCCUCAAACCACGCUCGUUCAACUCAAAACUACUCCUCGCGUCGAUACUCCCUCCCGCUGCACUUCCUCCCAUCGGCGUUGUGGAGUGCCAAUACCUCGACCGCGAGCUUGGUGGUGGAAUCGGACGAGGCAGCUCGUGGUGAACACAUCCUCGACGAGGCAACCGUUGCCCAUCGGAUAUCGGCCCUACGCCAGCUCAAUGGUGCAACACGAUCUGGUCAUCGAUAUGCAAAGUCAACUGGUGCAAGAAACAGUACCUUUAGCCAACCGGUAAUUGUUCGAACCUACUCAGGAUCCAGGCCACACUCCCAACAAAAAAGCAUCACUGCCCCGAGGAGAGAAAAUGAGCGCUUGGCAAUGUCGACCCCCAAGAUGGAUUUGAAGCUUCCUCCCAUUGAGGCAUUUAGCUUCAAAGGAAUCAUGGACGAUAUUCGAAAUGGCGUGUCGGACGACCUAGAACGAAUUGCGGAGAUUUGCGCGAGAAGUAAAUACAGUUUGAGCAAUCAGUACGAGGUACAUAUGCCACCUCAUGGUCGAGGAGAGGCCUUUCUCCCCGCUGGAAAUGGUUCGGGACCAAACGCAAACGGUGGUGGCGGUGGUCCCACCCUUCAAGCCGUUGGAUCAGAUGAUGAUCACUCACGAAGUGUUGGUCGAAGCUCACGAGGUGGACGACGUACCAAGUCCGUGGCUUAUGGUACCUUGGAAACAAUCAUGUCUUCGUCACGGUCAUCGGAUGAAGACAAAUCCAAGAAGAAAGCUGCUGCGGUGAUCGCUGAGGAAGUUCGUGGUCGUGCAGCAAAGAAAGAGCUUUUAGCAGAGAUCUUGCAUCAGCCUGUGCCAGAUCCUCCCAUUGAGGCAGGUCCCUCAGGCGAACGACCCUCAAAACACUCAAGGUCUAAGUCGGCCACUUUUGCAUCAGUCAUCAUCGACAAUGCUCAGGGUCCUAAAAACGAAAGCGCUGCACCAUUAGCGUCAGCAACAUCCUUAAUAAGCGAGCCUGCACGUCCCCAGACUUCAAUGUCUAUAGACCUGAGAAGUGCCCCAUCAUUUAGCGACCCUGGGUCUCCAAAACCCUCAAGCAUUCAUAAACGAAUGUCUACGGGGCCAAACUCGAUUAAAAACGAGUCCUGGGCGGCGACACUGAGACGUGGAGCUGUUAGCAAGCCAUCGAUACUGGGAAACUUGAGCUCAUGGUUGCCAUGGAGUAAAACUCAACCUAGUGGUUUUCAAGGGAGACAGAGAAGUGGUUCACAUGCUGAGGGCAGCUUGAGGGAUUUAUUGAAAUCUACGGAAACGGAUAAAAAAGGUAAAGGCGUUGAUCGAACGGGGUGA